AUGGACGAGGACUUGAAAUCCGUCGCCGGCCGCUCAGAACGCUCAGAGGGGGCAAACACUGCUUCGACAGCUCUGUGUCAAAACUCCGCCGCCGGGACGGUGGUAGACGGACAAGUCUUCUUGAAGGUGCGCAGCUGCAUCGCUUGCGGUCGCAAGAACUGCGACCUAAACGAAAUCAGGGCAGGCUUGUUGUCGAAAAGCCGCUUCACAGUGUGGCAUAGAGGCACCCCAGAGGAUCCUCAGUCCAAGCACGACAGGGUUUGCCAGCUCACGUACCAGCACGGCGCCUUCGGAGACGAAUCCAUCGAAGAGUUUGUCAACAAUCGGAUGAAAAGAGAUCCGCAGCUGCAGGCCGAGUUCAUAGCAGCUCGAGGUGCCAUGCUGGAGCUGCUCAACGAAGGCAAAGCGCGGUUCAGGGGCAAGACAAUGGACUCCGCCAAGCAGCGCCUGGAGCUUGCCAGAAAGAAGUCUGUGGAGGAGUUCAAGGAGGCUUCGACUGAGGUGGUGACGGGCUACGUGUGCUGGGACCGGGCGCUCUUCGAGAAGGAGCACCCAGGCCUCAUAGAAAAGAAGGGUUUGAAGGUGGCGAAAAAGGUCAUAGACGGAAAAAAACGGGAGGUCGUGAUGAUCAGGAAAAACCGCGAGGGCAUCUGGGACGUGAACGUCACCGAGAAGACAGGUGUUCGACAAAUGGAAGAAAUCGACAACGGCGAGCACGAGAUCCAUGAGGGUCAGCACAGCUUGAAGUUUUCCUCCUCAAAGAAGCGCCUGCACAACGCACUUGCCGAGAAAGCGAACGAGUCAAGCGUGCUUGCGGCUGACAGCCAGGAAGACCUGAAGGACAAAGCGCUGCCGAGGCUGGCUGAGUCUUCGGACGAGGACGGCGACUACGGGGUGAGGAGCACUUUGCUGGACGAGGGCGAUAGUCCGCCAAGGAAAACCCAGCGGCCGAAUCCAAGCAGCGGCAGUGGUGCCAACUUGCCUGCGCCCAAAAACAAAGCCAGAGGCGGACAGCAAGCGCAGAAUCCGAUUCCUGCUGGCAGCAAGUUUCCCGAUUCUGCUGUCAGCAAGCAUCUGUCAAGUGAGAGGCGGGAGUCUCGAGAGCAACCUCCAGGACCUACAGACAACAAAGCGGACACAGCCGGCCGAGGCCGGCCGAACAAGUUUAACAACAAGACGCCGGUGGAAGUCCUGGAGUCCAGCGGCCUGGUGGAGGUGAAGACUUGCCGGCAGAGCGUGGUGGACUUCUUGUCGAGAGACAUCUUGAACAAGCUUUGCACAGAUGUUGAAACAACGGAAGUUUACAAGAAGACGAUGGCCGAGUUCUCAGGGAAGACUAGCGAGUACCAGAGGAAGGCCACCGCGCUGGAAGCCAAAGUGAAAAAAUGGCAAAACCGGCCAUCUGAAACUGAUGAGCUGGCAGGAAGGCAGAAGGAGCUUGCGAGCAUGCUUCACGCAGCGGCAACAGUGUUUCAGCUGUCAGCUAAGAGAUCGCCCAACACAGACAAGAUGGAGCAGAUCCUGACAACUUUGAGACAUGAGGGCUUGGAGGCUGUUUGGAUCCUGCAGGUGCCCAUGGCCUGGUGUGACUUGCUGCUCCAAGAGAAGCUCGCGGAAUGCUUGCGCUUCAAGAAGUUGGACGAGUUUGCGCGCACGUGCCAGCCAGGGAAAGGUCCUUUCGAGGGAGUUGCAGACGAGCGAGCUGACGUGAUGCAAGCCUGCAUUCACAAGUGCCUUGGCCAAAUUUUGUGCGACCUUGUUCCGGAUCCGGCUGUCAGCCAGAAGAAGAACAAGAAGGGAGCAGCAACUGCGAAAGAAAGGAACGCUCAAAUCCAGACAAUGCUGGAUCUGGCCUUGCGUUUGGUGGAGGAAAACGCACUGCCGGAGGAGAUGUUGCGAGACUUGGACAUCCUAGCCGAUGCACUUGAUGAGAAAAGAGCGGACCAUGCUACUGCGCACAACCGGCUGUCAGCCUGGAAGCAGGACGACGAGUACUUUGGUGUUUUGCGGCCAGUGGUCAGAAAUGAGCACUGGUCUGCGCUCGUCCAGCAGUUUUCCGCCCCAGCCUCCGCCGCCUCGACCUCUGCCUGCCUCCGUUCUGCUUUCAACAAGGUGAACGGGAACACGUCGCCAGUGUCAGAACAGGACAGAGGCGAACUUGUGGGCGCACUCCAGGGCUCGGCUGAGCAACCGGCCAAUUAUGACUAUCUGAAUAGCGUGUUGUGCGGUCUGCAGCUGUUGGCAGAAGAAGCAAACAAGCAGCAAAAGGACUUUGUUCUGCGCGUUUGCAAAGACAUUUGCGGCCGUGGUGUGUCUGCUUCAGAUUUUCAUGGGGAUGAGGAUUUGAUGGAGCAGAUGUUCGCGAAAGGUCACUGGGAAGUUUCGGUUGUGAAGAACGCAAUUUCAGAGAGUGCAGCAGAGCAGCAACACAAGAACACGGUGCUGCAAACCUGCGAGAAGCUUGCGGCAGCGAGCAGCAAAGUUUGCCUGUGGCAUGGGUUGCUGAACGCCAUACUGACUUUGGCCAAGACGGCGCAGGAGCAUGCGGACAAUGGGUUGGAUGCAAACGUCCAAGACGAUUUGGUGCAGUGCUGGAGUGAGGUGAAACACCGACUGCAGACAGACCCGGAGAUAGCCGCAGCAGCUCAGCCCGUCAAGGAGGCCUUGGAGAACUUGCUGAACGCCACGAAGACUGAGCAAGUGGGACCUCAGGUCUACGAAGGCGCCAUGACGGAGCUCCGGCUGUCAGCCAUGGAACUGCUGAGGCUUGCCAAAGAGUGCCGCAAGCCAGAAGUGCAGGAAGCUGCUAGCAACUUGCGAAAACUCGAGCAUCGCUGCAUGCAGUGCUGCUCGCUGUCAGACACGCCGGUCUUCGCUAGGUCUUGCGUCAGCCUUGUCACCACCGAGUUCGCCGGUGUGUGUGAGGUGUUGCCUUCCGCUGCCAGCGAGCAAAUACCGGAUGAUAUUUUGAACAGCUCGGUUAUGCAGCACUUGCGAGCCGCCAAUGACAAGGAGACCAACAAGCAGAAGCUGGUGCAUGUGCUGCACUCUAGCGGCUGCGAGCAGUUCUUGGAGCAAGCGUCCAAGCUACUGGAAAGGCUGGAGCCACUUUUCACAGCUAAGAAGGUGUCACUUGAAAAGCUCCUCGUGGAGGCUGCUGCCAGUGCAAAAGCCAAGCUGGUUAAUCCCCACAUGGGCAUGGAUGAGUUCUUGCAGUCCGCAGCCUCUGGUGAAGCUCUCAAGAAAGCCUUGAAGCAACUGCGUGCAGCGGAAAGGGACAUGCAAGGCCACGGCAUGCUACAGGACGGCUCUGAGCUGCAGCGCGACGUCUCUGAAGUCAAGGCGUCUUGCCGUUUGCAGAUCAUCAAAUGGGGAAUCGUGACUUUGGUCGCCAAUGCCGACAUCGCGGCGGACAACAGCAAGGGGAAGGGCCUCAGGAAAACUUUGCGGGACGUCUGGAACAGUCAUUGUGAUGAUGGUGAUGUCAAGAGUGUCCUGGGGCAGGCGGUAGUGGACUUGGUAGAGCAGUCGUUGGCGACACCAGAGAAGACCGAGGACCCCGGCGCCGUUGUAAGCACAGCCAAGCUUUUCUCCAACAUGACUUUGGAGCGGAUUAAGCCACAGCUGGGCUUUCGUUCCCACACCCAAUGCGGUCGCAGUGGACGCCAGACGGCGGACCUUCUCUUUAGCGUGCAGAGACUCAUGGAACUAGCCCGGGAGUGGAAGCUGCCGAUGGCCUCGCAGAAGCUGGACAUCAGCAAAGCUUUCGAUUCACUCGGCAGACAAGCACUCCUACGUAGACUGCACGACAGGCUUGGGGACUCCGCAGGAUGGAUAAAGCAAGAUUCAUCGGAGAGUCCGCGAUUGUUCGCCGCGGUCAAGGUAGACUCCUACAUCUACGCCCUUCAACUGUCUUUGCCGAUCUCAGUGAAUCUGAUGCACGUCGUGCAGCUGCUCGUUCCUGGAGUUUCCUUCUGCGGUGCCUACUUCGGCUGGCAGCACCUGAAGAUGCAACGGAAAGUCAUGGUGGAGGCGUACCAGCGGGAGCUGAUGAUGAUGUUGGAACAUCCGCCUUGGCCGCCGCCCCCUCUCAUCCCGUUGCCUGGCAUGCCUCCCGGUGCGCUGCCUCCCGGGCCCAUGGGCCCGCCCCCCUCCAUGGACUCGGUGGUUACCACCUGGUUAGCGUGGAAGUUCUUCCGCAACGGGAAGGAGCGAAGUUGGCCCAGAAUUCUGCGGCCUGACGGAGGGGGCCAGGUAGCGGUUUCAUCCGAUUCCGUUCGAAAGAACUGGGUCCGGGAUCUAAUUUUCCGCCGUCGCAACCCUGUUCGUCGCAUUUCACAACAGGGUGGUGGCGUUGAGUUUCACUGCUUAGUCUGGAAUGGACUCUCUUGGUUGGAGUGUGUGGUUACCAUCUCUGGCGACCUCCUCCUCUUGAGCGGCCGCAGAACCAUGGGUGAGGAAGCUUUCCUCCUGAGUGAUGCGGAUGUCUACGACCACGAAGUCAACGUGGCGAUCGUUUUCAAGGUCGGGGAGCCACUUCGUUUGCGCUUCGAGGAUCAAGCCGGGCGCAAGAACUUUGCUGAUGGGGUACGCAAAGCCACGGCCUUCAAACAGGAGAUGUUUCAGUUGGCUGAACUGGCAGUUGAAACGAAGCAGCAGCUGACUUCCCGCAACCAGAGCCAGCUGACUUCCCGCAAUCAAAGCCGCACGUCGGUGGCAGUCUCUCGCUCAAACAGCCUGGCAAGGAUGGCAACCAACGCCGUUUGCGUCGAUUCCGACAAGUCCAAGGCCACCGAAGGUGACAUGCCGCAAAGGUGCUUACCGUCGUCGAAUCGCGUCCGCACGCAGUUGGCGGUCCCAAAGAGCGUACCCAUGUAUGCGCUUUCCCCAACAACAUCAGGCGACCUCUUGCAGGCGAAGGAAGAGGUCAUGGCGCGCCAGGAGAGCUCCCAAAGCACACGCGACGAGGCCACAAGCUCCGGAAGUACGCGUGACGAGACGCCUCCUAAAGCCAAGCCGGUGAUUCCCCGGUUGCAGCUUCCCCAGGUGACCCGUGCCAACAGCUGCCCGGUGAACCCACCUCCGCAGGACAUGAAGGAGCCUCCCUCCCGCCUUCCUCGCCGCAAUUCUGCUCCCCAGGGGGAGCAGUUGGUUUCGCCCCGUGAUCCCAACAGCUUCGCUUCCAAGGUUCUUAUGGGGCUUGGCCUGACGCCGGCCAAGGCCUCCGUGCAAGCGAACACCCGAGUGCAAGCGCUGAUGUCCAGGUUUGAAUCCAAGAAGGAUGGACGAGGCACUAAGCCCUGA